AUGUCCGUGACAAUCAACAUUAGCGACUUGGACAUUCAAGUCACGGCCGAUCGCCUCACGCAGGAGGCAUUUGCGCCCUUUGGCGACGUCGUCACCAACCCUCGACCAGACCUACACCCCACCGCCUACGCCUCGCACGGCGGCUCGCUGCCGUACGAAGGUGUCUCGGCGAACCAGGGAACCGCCAUCAAGUACAGCCAUGUCAGCAAGCCCAAGAACCUCUACGCCCAGGCGCCCAGUGGCAAUGGCGAACUCAUCAUGAGCCAAUUCGUCUGCGAGGCCCGCCAGCUAAAGGAGACCGAGGACCCCUCGCAGCGCGAGUUCCCCGUCAGCGUACUGGAGAGACACCCUUUUACGUCGCAGACCUUCUCCCCGCUCAUGUCUACCUCUUCAAUGUAUCUGGUCAUCGUGGCACCGAGUCUUCCCCCAAGCCCGUUGGAUGAAGGCCUCCCUGUACCAACUGGCGAUGGUUUACCCGGCAGAGGCCUACCUGACCUGCGACGCCUGCGCGCCUUUGUGGCGACCAACAGACAGGCCGUUACGUAUGGCGCCGGGACAUGGCACGCCCCAAUGGUGGCCAUGGGCAAGGAGGCGACGACGCUAGACUUUUUGGUUGUGCAGUUUGCAAGCGGAGUUGCUGAAGAGGACUGCCAGCUCGCCGUCUUUGAGCUGGAGGAACCAAAGAUCAGGGUGCGGGUUCCGGUCGUCAGGACAGGUCGCUCUAGGAAAUUGUGA